AUGACUCGAGAUCGAAAGAUUAAAAUCAAAGCCGGACACACUCACACCAUGGAAAUUGACUUUAUCGGAUCGCCUGAGCCAACUGCUGUUUGGACGAAGGAUGGAAAGGAGGUCCCUGCCGAGUUGAUGGUCGACAAGAAGACCGGCAAAGCCUCAAUCUUCUUCCCAUCAGCAAAACGAGAACAAAGUGGCACCUACAAGUUGAAAUUGAAGAAUGAUAUUGGGGAAGAUGAGGGAGAUUUCGAAGUUGUCGUCCAAGAUCGACCAUCACCUCCAGAAGGACCUCUCGAAGUGUCCGAUGUAACGAAGGACAGCUGUACUCUUGCAUGGAAUCCGCCAAAGGACGACGGUGGCUCGGAAAUCACGAACUAUGUGGUCGAGAAGCGAGACAUCAAAUCAGGCACCUGGGCACCGGUGUCGAAUUUCGUCGCUGGAACUACUUGCACUGUGCCCAAGCUACAAGACGGACACGAAUACGAAUUCCGUGUCGUCGCGCAAAACGCUUUCGGCUCCUCCGAUCCGUUGACAACCGAUCGCCCAGUGCUUGCCAAAGAUCCAUUCGGCACUCCUGGAAAACCAAGCAAGCCACAGAUCACCGACACUGACAAUGAUCAUAUUGAUAUUCAGUGGGAUCCGCCAAGAGACAACGGCGGAUCACCGAUCUCACACUAUGAUGUAGAAAGAAAAGAUGCGAAGUCAGGCAGAUGGAUCAAGGUGAACACGCAGCCAGUGAUGGGCACAGCAUUCAAAGAUGAACGAGUGCAGAAAGAUCACACUUACGAGUACAGAGUGGUUGCGGUGAACAAAGCGGGACCUGGAGAACCAUCAGAUCCAUCGGAUCCUGCCACAGCGAAACCGAUGUUCGAAGCACCGAGAUUCGACUUGGGAAUCGACGGAAAAGAGUUCCGAGUGAAAGCCGGAGAUCCGUUACUCAUCCAGAUUCCGUUCUCUGGAUCACCGAAACCUGAGAUCUCGUGGACAAGAGAUGGCCAACCGUUGCCAAACAUUGACACCACUGACUCUAUCACACAACUGCAUAUUUUGACGGCGAGAAAGUCGGAUGCUGGACCGGUGAAAAUUCGAGCCGUCAACAAAUUGGGCGAAGCGGAGGCGAAUAUCAAGAUCACGGUGAUUGAUCGACCAUCGCCACCCGAGAAUCUCACCUAUCCGGAGAUUUCCCGACGAUCGGCUACGCUUAAAUGGGAUCCACCGAAAGAUGAUGGCGGUGCGGAGAUCAUUGGCUACAAGAUCGAAUACCAACAAGAGGGAUCGAUGUUCUGGGAGAAAGUGCCGCAAACUGUUGCCGCCACGCAAUUCACUGUUAGGGGAUUGGAGCACGGGGCACGGUAUCGCUUCCGCAUUCGAGCCGAGAAUAUGGCUGGAUUGUCGGAUGAUUUGACUGGCAUCCCCAUUGUGAUCAAGGAUGACUUUGACCCACCAGGCGCUCCAAGUACUCCCGAUAUCACUGGCUAUGACACCAACUCGGUUUCUCUCAAAUGGAAUCCACCAAGAGAAGACGGUGGUUCACCGAUUUUGGGCUACGUGAUCGAGAGAUUUGAGAAGAAAGGUGGAGGCGAUUGGGCGCCGAUUCGAAUGCCGUUAAUCAGAGGCACCGAGACGACGAUCAGAAACCUCUUUGAGGGUGAAACCUAUCAAUUCCGCGUGCGCGCUGUCAACGCUGCUGGCGAGGGUCCACCAAGUAAUGGAAGUGAACCUGUCACUUGUAAACCGUUCGUUGUGCCACCUGGUGCUCCGGAUGCUCCACAUGUUGGUAAAACGACAAAGAACUCGGCUGAGCUCACUUGGAUGAGGCCAACGUUUGAUGGAGGAGCGCCAAUUGAUGGAUACAUUGUUGAGAAGAGGAAAGUUGGAGACUCAAAUUGGUCUCGAUGCAAUGAGAAGCCAGUCAAGGACUGUCGCCUGAAUGUUGAAGGACUAAAGGAAAAAGAGCAAUACGAAUUCCGUGUGCGUGCUGUAAAUACAGCUGGUGAGGGUGAACCAUCAAGACCAUCAGAUCCAGUCACCAUUCAGGAUGCACCUGGUCGCCCGGUUUUCGAUCUCUCUGGCUUGCGGGAUAUUGUCGUACGAGCUGGUGAAACAAUCGAAAUCAAAAUCCCAUUCUCUGGUGGAAAUCCAAAACCAACAAUCGACGCUUUUAAUGGAACUCAGCCAAUCUACGAGGACUCGAGAACAACUGCUGAGGUGAUGCCCGAUCACAUCCUCAUCACUACCACAAACGCCAAGCGAACUGAUGGAGGACCAUAUAAAAUUGUGCUCUCUAAUCGAUUUGGUAAAGAUGAAGCGAAGUUGAAUGUCACUGUUUUGGACGCGCCUGGGAAACCAACUGGACCGAUCACUGCUAGUGAAAUUAGUGGUGAAGAAAUGACGCUUCAUUGGCGACCACCGAAAGAAGAUGGAGGCGCUCCGGUCACCAAUUAUGUUGUUGAAGCAAGGACGAAGAAUGGAGAAUGGAAGAGAAUUGGGCAACCAAUUGGAUGCCAAUUUAAAGCAAGAAAUCUCAUCAAGAAUCAAGACUAUGAAUUCCGUGUCUCGGCAGAGAAUCAAUUUGGAGUCGGCGAGCCGCUUGUUAGUGAUGAUUCGUUUAGAGCAAAAGAUCCAUUUGAUACCCCUGGAGCGCCUGGACGUCCAGAACCUAUGGAAACAAAUCCGGAUUCAAUCGUAGUGACUUGGACAAGACCGUACACUGAUGGAGGCUCACCAAUUCAAGGAUAUUAUCUAGAGAAGAGAGAGAAAGGAGGAGAUUGGGAAAGAGUUCAACAUGGGCUAAUUCCUGAAACUCGUUUCAAAGUCUACGGCUUGACAGCUAAGAAAGAGUACGAGUUUCGCGUAUGUGCUGUCAAUCAAGCUGGCAGUGGAGACUAUUCAGAGAAUAGUGUACCAGUUUUAGCUGACAAUGCUCCAUGCAAGCCGAAGAUUGACAUGGGUUUGUUGACAAGAGAUGUUACAGUUUAUGCUGGAGAGAUUGGAAAGGUUCUUGUACCCUUCGCUGCAACGCCAGCACCGAGAAUCUCUUGGAGCAAGAAUGGAGCAACAAUUGAUAAAAAGGAUCCACGUGCUAUCAUUGAUUUCAAUGACUAUUUAGCUACAUUGACUUAUAAUAAGUCUCAAUUGGAUGACACUGGAUCAUACACAAUAACAUUGGAGAAUUCAAUGGGAUCCGAUUCAGCAACAAUCAAAUUCAAAGUUGUUGACAAACCGGCACCACCUGAGGGACCAUUGGAGGUGACUGAUAUCUCACCCGAUGGUUGUCUUGUCUCAUGGAAAGAACCAAAAUCUGAUGGUGGAUCACCGAUCACUAAUUAUAUUUUGGAAAAGAUGCAUGUUGGUAGAGGAAAUGAUCGAUGGGAAAAAGUCUCAUCAUUUGUUCGAAACACGAAUCUUUAUGUGACCGGCUUGCACGAGAACGAGAAAUAUAAAUUCCGGGUACGAGCUGAGAAUCAAUACGGUGUCUCCGAUCCACUCGAGUGCCGAGAACCGAUCACUGCUCGAUAUCAAUUCAAUGUACCUGAUGCUCCCGAUCAACCAUCUGCGAGAGAUAUGGAUCGAACUUGGAUCGAUCUCAAUUGGGAAACCCCGCACGAUGGGGGAUCGAAGAUUUUGGGUUAUGUGGUGCAAUAUCGUGAUGUGAAUGUUGGAAAGUGGAUGACUGUGGGUAGAGAUAUUGUCAAGGAGAACAAUGUGCGAAUCGCUGGCCUCAGGGAUUGUGGAGAAUACGAGUUCCGAGUGCAGGCGAAGAACGCAGCUGGACUCUCGAAGCACUCGCCGGUGGCGAAACUGACGCUGAAGUCACGCAUCGCUCCACCCGGCCCACCAACCCAGCCAGCCGCUCAAUCAAUCGGCCGCAAUCACGUCACUCUCACCUGGGGCGCUCCCAUUGAUGAUGGUGGCUCAAAAGUCACUGGCUAUCAUGUAGAAAUGAGAGAAUAUGGAUCAUCCAACUGGUAUCAGGUCUCCGAUUAUGCCAUUCUUGAGCCAGAGUUCACUGUGCCUAACCUCAAAGAGUUCCACGAUUAUGAGUUCCGAAUUGUUGCCGAGAACAAGGCGGGUCGCGGUUUCCCCAGCUUACCCACUGCACCAAUCAAGAUUCAAGAGAUGGGUGGAUCGAAGCCGGAGAUUGUUGUCAAACCGGAAGAUACUACUCAACCGUAUAACAGACGAGCUGUGUUUGUUUGUGAAGCUGUGGGCAGGCCUGAACCUACUGCUAGAUGGCUGAGAAAUGGGAGAGAGCUGCCGGAAAGCACGAGGUAUCGCUUCGAAGCUCAUGAUGGAGUCUACAAAUUCACGAUUAAAGAAGUCUGGGACAUUGACGCUGGAGAGUACACAUGUGAGGUGGCAAAUGUGUUCGGAACGGACUCAGCCACAGCUAGACUUAUUGUUCAAGCACCGCCGGUGAUUGAACGAGAUGUACCGAACACGAUUCUUCCACUAAAUGAGAUGGUUCGCUUCAAGAUCUACUUCUCCGGUUCGGCGCCAUUCAAUCAUUUAUUGACGCUGAAUAAGAAAGAAGUGAGUGGAGAGCAUCCAACAAUUCGAACGGUUGAAUUUGAUGAUCAUUUCUUGAUCACAAUUACUUCACUUCAACCAACGGAAACUGGAAGAUACGAGUAUACAGUGAGCAAUGACAGUGGAGAAGCGACAACUGGUUUCUGGUUGAAUGUCACUGGUUUACCAACUGCUCCACAAGGACCAUUAUCUUUCGAACAUGUGGGCAAAGAUUAUGUGACACUUUCUUGGAGACCACCAGUUGAUGAUGGAGGCUCAAGAAUUAAGGGAUAUUUGAUUGAGAAGCGAGAUAUUUUGAGAGAAGAAUGGACCACUGUCGCCUCACAAGUCAGAGAAUUGUCCUACAUGGCGCAGGCACUUUUCGAGAAUCAUGAGUACGAGUUCAGAGUUUCGGCUUUUAACGAAAAUGGUGUUGGUGCGCCGCUCGUCUCCGAUAACUCGGUCAUUACAAAGCUGCCAUUUGAUCCACCUGGUCCACCAACGAAUGCUGAGAUUGCGCAAAUUGGAAGCGAUUUCCUUACUUUAUCGUGGCUUCGUCCGAUCUCUGAUGGUGGUGGUCGAAUUCGUGGCUAUGUGAUUGAAAAGAAAGAGGCUGGUACAGAUACGUGGGUACGCUGUAAUCAGACUCCAUCGGCUCCCAAUCAAUUCAAUGUACCAAAUUUGAUCGAUGGUCGUGACUACGAGUUCAGAAUCUUUGCUGUCAAUGAAGCUGGCUUCUCAGAAGCGCUUGAGGUGCCAAAGUUGAAAUUUUUGGCUGCUGGUGGUGGAUCACCGCCAGAAAUCAUCAGACAAGCCUCAGAUGUGUACGGAGAAACAGGUAGAUCAGUGACUUUCGAGUGUGAGAUUAAAGGAGAUCCAAGACCAGAGAUUAAAUGGUUGCGAGGGAUGAAAGAACUUGUUUCCACUUCGAAGUACACUUUAUUGAACAAGGGAACUAUUCAAACACUUAUUGUCAACGAUGUGCAAGCUGAUGACGCUGAUGAGUACUCUUGUCGGGCAGUUAAUGCAAAAGGAACGAGAACAACAAGAGCUCAACUCAAAGUCAAGACAAAGCCAAGAGUUUUCGUACCACCGAAAUAUCAUGGAGGAUAUGAGGCACAAAAGGGUGAAACGAUUGAGAUUCAAUUGCCAUAUAAAGCUUUCCCAGCUGGUGAGGGAAGAUGGACAAAAGAUGGGGAAAAGAUUGAGAAUGGAGGGAAAUAUUCGAUCACAAGUGAUGAGAAAACGGUGACAUUGAGAAUUUCGGGAGCAUCGAGAGAAGAUUAUGGAACGUAUCGAGCGACAGUUGAGAAUGGAGUUGGAAGUGAUUCAGCUUCAGUCACAGUCACAGUGGCUGAUCGACCCGAUCCACCGAGAGCACCACAGAUUGAAAAUGUUCUCGAUGAGGCAGUGAUUCUCUCAUGGAAACCACCACAGCUUGAUGGCGGAUCUCUUGUCACUGGGUACACUGUCGAGAAGAGAGACACAACUGGAGGACAAUGGACUCCAUGUGCUAAAUCGAGAUUCACCUACAUCACGAUCGAGGGACUCAAAGCUCAACACCAAUACGAAUUCCGGGUGACAGCUGAGAAUAAACACGGAAUCUCGAAUCCAUGUGAACCAACAAAUGCUGUCACAAUUCCUGGUGAUGGCCGUCGUCGAAGAAGGAAUUACGAUGUGGAUGAGAGUGGAAAGAUCAUCCGGGGACGGGGAACGCCCGCUUCCAAUUAUGAUGUUUAUGUCUUUGAUGUUUGGAAGCAAUAUUAUCCAGAAGCUGUCGAUAUCAAGACAUCGUCAAUCUAUGAUAAAUACGAUAUCUGUGAGGAGAUCGGAAGUGGAGCAUUUGGAGUGGUUCAUCGAUGUGUUGAGCGCUCAACGGGCAACACAUUUGCUGCCAAAUUUGUCAACACUCCCCAUCAAACCGAUAAAGAAACCGUCAAGAAAGAGAUUCAAGUGAUGAAUGCAUUGAGAAAUCCAUCGCUAAUCCAUCUCCAUGAUGCUUAUGAGGAUGAUCACGAGAUGGUGAUGGUUUAUGAGUUUAUGAGUGGUGGAGAGCUCUUUGAGAAAGUCGCUGAUGAACAGAACAAAAUGAGCGAGAAAGAAGCUGCGAACUAUAUGCGUCAAGUUUGUGAGGCACUUCGUGUCAUGCAUGAGAACAAUCAUGUGCAUUUGGAUUUGAAACCCGAGAAUAUCAUGUUCACAUCGAAGAAGAGUGACAAACUGAAAUUGAUUGAUUUCGGUUUAGCCACUCCAUUGGAUCCAAGAAAUCACGUGAAAGUCACCACUGGAACCGCGGAAUUUGCGGCUCCUGAAGUAGCGAAUGGAGAAGCUGUUGGAUAUUACACUGAUAUGUGGAGUGUUGGAGUGCUUUCGUAUAUCUUAUUAUCUGGUCUUUCACCAUUUGGUGGAGAAACUGAUGAGGAAACGCUGAAAAAUGUUCGAUCUUGUGAUUGGAGUAUUGACGAUCCAGCAUUCUCAGGAAUCUCUGAAAACGCGAAAGAUUUUGUGAAGAAGCUUUUACUUAAGGACCCUCGAGAGCGAUUAUCAAUCUUCGAUGCUUUGGAUCAUCCAUGGUUAUCAUCGGGAGAAACAGCAAAUUACGAUGACACAAUCCCAUCAAGCAGAUAUAGAAAUAUUCGGGAUUCGGUGAAGAGGAAAUAUGAUGCCUGGCCUGAACCCCUUCCACCAAUGGGUCGAAUGGCAAACUACUCAUCACUGAGAAAACUUCGCCCAACCGAGCACUCCAUUCGUGACGCUUACUUUGAUCGACAAGAGGCCACUCCUCGCUUCAUCAUUCGUCCAUUCUCGACCACAUGUGCUGAGGGUCAAUCCGCGUCAUUCUUUUGUCGUGUGCUCGCCGCUUCACCUCCAAUUGUCUCGUGGCAUCACGGAGCAAAAGAGUUGAGACAAUCCGUCAAAUAUAUGAAGAAAUAUGAGGGAUCUGACUACACACUGCUCAUCAAUCGAGUCAAAAUGGAUGACAAAGGAGAGUACACGGUUCGCGCUCAAAACUCUUAUGGAGCUCGCGAAGAACUCGUCCACCUCACCGUUCUCAAACAAUCCGUUGAAUUCGAGUCGAAACCUUUAGAACCAAUGCGAAAGGUCGAUUUGCCCAAAGUGGAAGAGUUCAAGGAAAAGCGCGCGGCACCGAAAUUCUCGUUCCACUUGCGACACCGGCUCAUCCAGAAAAAUCACCAAUGCAAACUCAUUUGCAAUUUGUCUGGAAAUCCAGUUCCAAAGGUUGAAUGGUUUAAAGAUGGUCGACCGGUGGACGCAGAUCGAGUCCAAUUGACGUAUCGAUCCGGUGUUGCUUCGUUGGAGAUCUUUAACGCGAGGAUGGAAGAUGCUGGCGCAUAUUCUUGUGUUGCCACAAAUGAAUUGGGAGAAGAUCAGACUGAAUGUCUUGUAACGGUGCAGGGUCGUGGUGGAUCGGUGCGUGAGCCGAUCCCCGAUCUCUCCGCCUAUACAAGACCGCGACGAGAUCGCGACUCGUCCACUCUUCGUGUUGGUGGAGAUGUUGAACGUUCAUAUUCGAGUGCGGACAUUGCAAGAAGGGCUCGUGAUGUGUCGCCUCUUGCUUCUCGUGAUGAUAUUCGGCUUGGUUUGAUGAGG